AUGAGUGAGACAAACGCCAGCACCGCGCUGGAAACAAAAUUAUUUCAAUUGCAACUAACGACGAAGCGCACGGACGGAAUUCUUGCAAAAUCUGAAGAAGAGCCUAUUGCUCGACAUCAGGGAACACUUAGAACUGUUAUUGGCGAAGUGGACAAACUAAGGCUUACGGUUGAAGCUGAAAAACUGGGCAGAAAAGAGGAUACUACCGAGUGGAGCGAGGAGAUUGAUACCAAAAUCAGCGAGGCAGAUAGUCAUGUAAGACUGACGAAGGAAUGGUUGGCGGAAAACAAGAGGAAACUAGAGGAGAUGGAGAACGACAAGAAGAUCAAGUUUGAGGUAAAACUGCAUGAAACUAAAGUAAAGUUACAAGAUGAACAUAUUCUUAAAAACACCUCGCAGACCAGUAAAACUAUGAUUGGAAUGCAAGCGAAAUUACCGAAGCUA